UCAGCUUUAACUUUCCAUCACUUACGUUUCCUAAAAGAGACAGAGACCUGUUUUAACAAUCCUAGCCUGGCCUCUGUCCAACACCACACACCCUUUGUCCAACACCACACCCCCUACAGACAGAGUACAGCACAAACAACACCCACCGAAUCAGGAAACGUUCCCACUCUCCCACACAACAAGCAUUUCCAGAGAAAUGAAACUGAUCUGUGAUACUUUGCUGCUCAGCCCGUUGAUGUGUUUACUAUAAUGGCAGAUGCAAUGGACUUGAUAAAUUGUUCAAUUUGCCUGGAUCUACUGAAGGAUCCUGUGGCUAUUCCCUGUGGACACAACUACUGUAUGGGCUGUAUUGAGGACUGCUGGAAUCAGGGUGAUCUGAACGGUGUCUACAACUGUCCACAGUGUAGAAAGACCUUUUCCCCGAGGCCUGUUUUGAACAAAAAUACUCUACUGAUUGAAUUGGUGGAGAAACUGAAGAACACAGGACUCCAUGCUGCUUCUCCUGCUCACUGUUUUGCUGGACCUGGAGAUGUGGAGUGUGAUUUCUGCACUGGGAGAAAACUAAAAUCUGUGAAAUCCUGUCUGGUGUGUCUGGCCUCUUACUGUGAGACUCAUCUACAGCCUCAUUAUGAAGUAGCUCCAUUAAAGAAGCACAAGCUGGUCAAAGCAUCCACACAACUACAUGAGAAGAUCUGCUCUCAUCAUGAUAAACUGCUGGAGGUUUACUGUCGUACCGAUCAGCAGUGUAUCUGUUAUCUUUGUACAGUGGAUGAACAUAAAGGCCAUGAUACAGUGUCAGCUGCAGCAGAAAGAGCUGAAAAGCAGAAACAGUUGGAUGAGAAACAGCAGAUAUUAAAGCAGAGAAUCCAGAAGACAGAGAUGGGGGUGUUGGGGGCGAGACAGUCUAUACAGUUUGUCAAGAGCUCUGCACAGGCAGCAGUGGAGGACAGUGAGAGGAUCUUUCCUGAGCUUAUCCGCUCCAUUGAGAGAAGGAGCUCUAUGGUGAAGCAACUGAUCAAAGCCAAGGAGAUGGCUGAAGUGAGUAGAACUGAAGGACACCUGAAGCAGCUGGAGCAGGAGGUUGUUGAGCUGAGGAGGAAAGACGCUGAGCUGGAGCAGCUCUCACACACAGAGGAUCACAUCCAUUUCCUCAAGAGUUUCCAGUCUUUCUCUGUCCCGCCGGGAAUUGAGGGCUUACCUAGCACUUUUAACCCUCAUGUCUCCGUUGAAGAUGUCAAGAAGUCACUCUCUGAACUACAAGACCGAAUGGAGAAUGUAUUCAAUGAGGAAAUGGUAAAGAUAUCUAGAAAAGUUGGAUAUGCCUUUCAUUUAGCCAGUAGCCCAAUGAGGAAAAUCCUCUUCUGCUUUGGAGAAUGCACCUCUGGCUUCAGCUUCCAACCAGUUAUCAGUCCCUCCAAGUCCCCGGCCAAGCUGAACCAGAUCAGAGUGUCUGUGGACGAGGACCAGGACGUGACCCAAGAGAAUGACAAACAGGCUACUAAAACUAAAGUCUUUACUGGUGGGUCAGCUUCAGUGGGAGGAUUCACUUUUAGAUUUGGGGCCGACUCUCAGCCCGCCACCAACCCUCCCCUCCCAGAGCCUGGCUACUUCACCAAGCCCUCCAUUGUACCUGUCCAACCACCAAAGAGCGUCGAGGGGAAGCCUGUGGGAUUUGGGAAGAUCUCUUUUGGCCAGCCGAUCCCUGCUGAGCCUCCUAAGUUGCCCAGCUUUGGUGCUGGAAUAGUCGCCCAGUCCACUCCAUCAUCCGCUGCCUUUAAAUUCAACUCCAACUUUAAAUCCAAUGAUGGGGACUUCACCUUCAAGUCCAAAAACAAUGAGAGCCUGUUGGGUCUUCUGACAUCAGACAUUCCCACCAAAUCUGAGGGUCCCUCAGAGGGGAAGCCCCAAGAGCCUCGUAGCCAGGGAGGGAUUUUUACCUUUGGCACUAAAAGCACUCAUGGGUUCUCCUUUGCUGACACAAUCCAGAUCCAGGACAAACCAAACCUGUUUGGAAAAAUUGACCAGCCAUUUAGUUUCACUGAUGUAACCAUGCCAGUAUUUGGGCUGGCAAACACAGCGGAGGAGGAGGAGAAGGGAGCAGAGAGCAAUAACGACAGCACUCAUGUGGAGGAGGACGAGGAUGGGCCUCACUUUGAGCCUAUUGUGCCCCUCCCUGACAAAGUAGACGUGAAGACUGGAGAGGAGGAAGAGGAGGAGAUGUUCUGUAACAGGGCCAAGCUGUUCAGAUUCGAUGCGGAGACAAAAGAGUGGAAAGAGAGAGGUAUCGGCUUAGUCAAAAUCCUAAAGCACAGUAGAUCAGGAAAAGUGCGUCUACUGAUGAGGGAGCAGGUUCUGAAGAUCUGCGCUAACCACUACAUCACGCCAGAUAUGCUCCUGAAACCAAAUGCUGGAUCUGACAAGUCCUGGGUCUGGAAUGCCGUUGAUUAUGCGGAUGAGGAACCAAGACCUGAGCAACUGGCCAUCCGGUACAAAACGCAAGACGAGGCAUUGCUCUUCAAGACAAAGUUUGAAGAGGCUCAGAAGAUCGUUCCCAAAUCUCCAGAAAAGCAGCAAGAUCAGUCAGAUAGGAAACCCUCUGAUCCAUUGGCGACAAACUUUACUGCCCAGUUUGCAAAGAAGUACGAGGAGUGGGACUGCAAUGUGUGCUGUGUAAGAAAUGCAGCAAAAGUUAUGCAGUGUGUUUCCUGCCAGACUGCCAACCCUAAUGUCCCAUCGAAGCCGGCCCACACACUGACUACUGACAUCAAAGGCUUUACUAGUGGGGCAGCUUCAGUGGGAGGAUUUACUUUUAGAUUUGGAGCUGACUCGUCAAAAGACACCAGCAGCUCAGGAUCUAUUGGAAAAGGAUUUGGGUCUUUUGGAGCUCAGAUACCCUCCUCCUUUACGUUUGGAACCAGUGGCACCACUUAUAUACCUGCUGCUGGUUUUGUUGCCCAGUUUGGAAAGAGGCAAGAAACCACAAAAGUAGCAGCAGAAUCAAAGCCCUCAACCAUGCCAUUUGACUCUGGAUUUGGUGUGCAGUUCGGCAAAAAGCCAGGACAGUGGGACUGUGAUACAUGCGCUGUAAGAAAUGAGGCAUCUGCAAACAGUUGUCUCUCUUGUCAAACUCCUAACCCUUCAGGAAAAGCUGCUGCUGGUGCCCCAGCUUUGGCAACCCUCUCAACUAGGUCUGGAUUUGGUGCCCAAUUCAGCAACAAACUAGGGCAAUGGGACUGUGAUACAUGCGUUGUAAGAAACGAGGCUUCUUCAAGCAGUUGUGUUUCUUGUCAAACUCCUAACCCUUCAGCAAAAUCAACAGUAGAGGUAGCACCAACAACAAAGCCAACAGUGUCAGGCUUUGCUGCUCUUUUUUCAAAGAAGGAUGGACAAUGGGACUGUGACACCUGUCUAGUGAGGAAUGAUGCAUCUGCCUCUAAGUGUGUUUCCUGCCAGACACCCAACCCCAAUGCUAGCAGCUCCUCUUUUGGGGCCAUGUUUGCCAGGCAGGGGGGACAGUGGGACUGUGACGCAUGUCUAGUCAGAAACAACAACUCUGCUAAUCAAUGUGUCUCCUGUGAGAUGCCCAACCCCAAUGUUAAGAGCACAGCAACAGCCGCCACUUCCAGCUCAUCUUUCAGCUUUAACUUCGGGCGUCGGAGUGCCUCUACUCAACCCACAGGCACUGGGUUUAAAGCAAACUUCAACAGUGACAGCUCUUUGCAGUUUGGUACAGGCAAAGUUGAUAAACGUUCCCCUGCAUCCUUCAAGUUUGAGACCCCUCCUCAGGCUGAAAGCAGUACCCCCAGUGCUGCAGGCUUCUCUUUCACCAUGCCCAUCCCAGCAGGUGGCUUUAAGUUUGGCACUCAGGAAACUGCAAAGGAAACCCUACCAGCUGAAACUCAGACUCCUGCUUCAGGGUCUGCAUCAAUGUUCCUGAAGAAUAUCGCAGAGCAGCACAAAGAGAAAGAGAAGGAAUCUGGUGUCAGUGUAUAUGCAUCAGCGCUGUCAGUGGACAAGACAGGUCAGGAUGAAAAUCCCCUCUUCACUAGCAAACCCAACGACUACAGUUUUGCAGACUUGGCUAAAAACUCACAAGGAGACUUCCAGUUUGGCCAGACUGACUCCAUUUUCAAAGGCUUCACCCACGCUGGUGAGCAGCUGUUCACAUCCCUUCAGUCAAACCAGAAGGCAGACACCUCAGCUGACCAGGAUGAGGAGGACAUAUACAAGACAAAGGAGAAUGACAAUAUCCAGUUUGAGCCUGUGGUCCAGAUGCCAGAGAAGGUGGACCUGGUCACAGGAGAGGAGGACGAAUUGGCCCUCUACUCCCAGAGAGUGAAGCUCUUCAGGUUUGACGGAGACAUCAGCCAGUGGAAGGAGAGGGGCGUUGGGGUCCUCAAGUUCCUGAAGAACGCCACCAAUGGCAGGCUUAGGGUUCUGAUGAGGAGAGAGCAGGUCCUGAAGGUAUGUGCCAACCACUGGAUUACCACCACCAUGAACCUGAAGCCCUUGGCUGGCUCCGACAAGGCCUGGAUGUGGCUGGCUAAUGACUUCUCUGAUGGAGAUGCCAGACUGGAGCAACUCGCUGCCAAGUUUAAAACCCCUGAGCUGGCUGAGGGGUUCAAGCUAAAGUUUGAGGAGUGUCAGAGGCUCCUGUUAGACAUCCCACUGCAGACUCCUCACAAGCUUGUUGACAUGGGCAGAACUGCACAUCUCAUCCAGAAGGCAGAGGAGAUGAAGUCCGGCCUGAAAGAUCUUAAAUCUUUCCUGACCGAUGACAGAACCAAGAUCAAGGAGGACGACAGCCAAGCUAACAUCACGACAGCCAGUAACACCUCUGGUCUGAUUAUCAAGCCCCACGCGGAGAGCACUGGCCCUACCUUAGAAUGGGACAGCUAUGACCUGAGAGAAGAGGCUCUGGACGACAGUGCUGACACCUCUGUCUACGCCUCACCCCUGGCAAGCAGCCCAAUCAGGAAGAACCUCUUCUGCUUUGGAGAAUCCACAGCUGGCUUUAACUUCAGCUUCCAGCCUGUCGUCAGUCCCGCCAAGUCGCUGGCCAAGAUGAACCAGAGCGGGGUGUCAAUGAACGAGGAGCAGGACAUUAGCCAGGAGGAGGAGCGGGAUGGCCUGUACUUUAAGCCUGUGGUUUCCCUGCCAGACCUGGUAGAGAUCUCCACUGGAGAGGAGAAUGAAAAUGUGUGUUUCAGCCACAGGGCAAAGCUGUAUCGCUAUGACAAAGACCUGAACCAGUGGAAGGAGAGGGGCAUCGGCGACCUCAAGAUACUGCAGAACUACAACACCAAACGAGUCAGACUCAUCAUGAGGAGAGACCAAGUCCUGAAAAUCUGCGCCAACCACUGGGUCACAUCUUCUAUGAAGUUGGAGCCCAUGAAGGGUGCUGAGAAGGCCUGGGUCUGGAGCGCUAUUGACUUUGCCGAGGUAGCUAAGGGAAAUGUUGAGCAGUUAGCUGUGAGAUUCAAACUGAAGGAUGUGGCUAACUCCUUCAGAGAUGUCUUUGACCAGGCUAAAACUGCCCAGGAGAAUGAGAUUCUGGUCACUCCAAUAGCCUCCAGUGAGACCCUUCCUCAGAAGGAAGCAAUAGCGAUGGGGACAACAGUGCUUGGACAAGCUAGCCUUCUCAACCUCUCCAGGAUGGUGAUGUCCCCACCCAAGUUCCUCUUUAGAACAGACUCUCUCCAGAAGUUCUUUGGAAGCAGCCCCCCAUCGUCCAAGAAGGAUGGUUCUUCAGAGAGCUCCAAGGUUAAAGACAGCGGUCGGACCUCCCAGCCUUUAACUGCAUUCAAAAUCUCAGAAAAAGCACCCUCCCAGGCGGAGGCCGACGGUGAGGUGGAAGUGGUGUAUGUGAGGCAGCCAACAGUUGAGCAGGCUCUUCUGGCCAGGGAACUCAUGCUGCCUCUCACCUUCUUCUGCUACCAGAACGAACCAGGAUAUACCAGCGACGACCAGACAGAUGAUGAGGACUUUGAGACAGCAGUUAAAGCCCUGAAUGGAAAACUGUACCAGGAUCCUCCUGAGAGAGAGGCUGCAAGUGCAGGUUCUGCAGGCCAGGCCGAGGCAGGUGUUGAGGGUCUGGACCCGGAGGUUGAGGUGGUAUGGGAGAAGAGGCCUACUCCAGAGGAAGAACAGAAAGCCAGGAACCUGCAGCUACCUUCAACCUUCUUCUGUGGUGAAGGCAGCGACAGCGAGGCAGAGAAGGACAAGCCUGAGGACUUUGAGACAGAGGUCCGCAAAGCACAGGAGGCCCUGGAUGCUGAGAGAAGCUCAGACCCUGUUUCAUCUGAGGCUGUGUCCUCCAGCACCGGCGAAGUCCAGUCCACUACAGCAGAAAAACAGGUGGAGACUAAGUCAGGGGAGGAGGAUGAGGAGAUCCUGUUUAAGGAGCGUACCAAGCUGUACCGCUGGGAGAGAGACCUGGGCCAGUGGAAGGAGAGGGGUGUGGGAGACAUCAAGAUCCUCUUCCACCCCGAUAAGAGGUUCUACCGGGUGCUGAUGAGGAGGGAGCAGGUUCUGAAGGUCUGUGCCAAUCACACCAUCUGUCAGAGCAUGGAGCUCAAACCCAUGAACACUUCUAACCAAGCCCUAUUCUGGACAGCUACUGACUUUUCAGAGGGUGAGGGUAAGGUGGAACAGUUGGCAGCCAAGUUUAAGACAGCGGAGCUGGCCGAGUGUUUCAGGAAGACCUUCUGUGAGUGUCAGAGUCGUAUGAGCCAAUCAGAGGCCUCAUCCCUCUCCUCCCCCCAACUGUCCAGGGUACAGGAACAUUCCAGAGACGCCAAUCCCCAGGUGUACCUCUCUAUCUCCGCUGAUGACGAGCCCCUGGGAACGGUCACCAUAGAACUGUUCUCUCACAUCGUCCCCAAGACAGCUGAGAAUUUCAGAGCGCUGUGUACAGGACAGAAAGGCUUCGGGCUGCGCAACUCUGUCUUCCACAGGGUCGUACCGGACUUCAUGUGUCAGGGUGGAGACAUCACCAACCAGGAUGGGACGGGAGGGAAAUCCAUCUACGGGGACAAGUUUGAGGAUGAGAAUUUUGACGUGCGCCACACAGGCCCGGGGCUGCUGUCCAUGGCCAACCACGGCCGAGACACCAAUAACUCCCAGUUCUUCAUCACUUUGAAGAAGGCUGAGCACUUGGACUUCAAACACGUGGCCUUUGGCUUCGUCAGAGAGGGCAUGGACGUGGUUCGCAGCAUGGGAGAGCUGGGCACCAAGACUGGCAAACCCAGCAAGAAGAUUGUCAUCACCGAAUGUGGACAACUGUAGAGCUUCGCUCUGUUCACUGACUGUUGACAACUCAACUGUAGGGCUGAGAUCUGGUCACUGACUGGACGGCUAUCGUCAUUCGCUCGGCUCAUGGACUGGACAGUGAUAAGCUUUCAAACUGUGGAGCGGACAACUAUAGUAGGCAAAUCUCAAAUGAGACCCUAUAUCCCAUGUAAUGUAAAACAUGUUUUUUGUGUUUUUGUUUCUUCCAGAGCCCAUGUGGAGUGCACUAAGGGUUCUGGCAGUGCACUACGGUGGGAAUAGGGUGUCAUUUGAGACAUAGAUGGUCUCCUUUUCAUAAGUGUUGCCAGACCCUGAGGGCAGCAUGUGACUGUGUGAGUCCUCAGACUUAGUUUUUGUGUAUAAUGUACAUUACCUUCUUUUUGGGGGGUGGGGUUCUUUUCAUGUGUUCCAAUAAGAGUUGAAAGCGCUGGUUACUUCAUAAGCUCCCUAACUUGAUUGUUUUUGUAUAAUUAAGCCUUAAUUGAGAUUAAGAAACCUUGUUUAAAAACCAACCUCUGUUCAUUUUGAACUAUGUUCCUCUCUCCUGCUCCCUGUGAAUACUUUUAGCUGUGUUUUUGUGUAUACAUUGAUUUCAUAAUGUGCAUUGAGGCGACCCUUGUUCGUGUUAAACUCUGAAGGUAGGAAUAUGACGAACUAUAACCUGCUGUGUGACACUUUGGGAGAGGGAUGACAUAAUAUAUUAUGGUACUGAAAGACACUUCUAUGGUGUUCUGUUGACAAAAAUUCUUAUUUUCAAUAAAUAAAUGAUAUCUCGACAAACCA